AUGGUUAAAAAGAAUAAGAAACAGGGUGAUGACGCCAUCAUUCCCGGAUGGGAAGAUGAGCCAUAUGCAUUGAUUGCCAGGGAAUGGGCCCGUUCCGCUGGCAAAUGCAAUGAUGAAUGUGAAAAAAGUAAAAUUGACAUGCCUACUGACCUUCUAGCUUGCUUGUCAAAGAUUCCAAAAGAUAAGUGGCAGAAAAGAAGUUGGAUUAUACUUACUGCCAAUAGACAUGUACCAGGGAUGGUACAGGGUCAAAUAAAAAGAGCAAAAGCCCCAAGGCAAAUAUGGCAGGUGGAUUACAUAGGUCCACUUCCUAUGAGUAAAAAUUGUCAAUAUGUAUGCACGGCUGUGGAUACAUAUUCAGGGUAUUUAUUGGUCCACCCUUGCAAGAGGGCUACCCAAAUAAAUACUAUUAAAAUGCUGGAAACCAUAAUACAAUACUAUGGUCUUCCAUUACAAAUUCAGAGUGACAAUGGAAGUCACUUUAAAGGAAAACUGGUACAAGACUUUUGUGAUGAAAACAAUAUUGAAUGGAUAUUUCAUAUACCCUACUAUCCUCAAGCAGCUGGUCUGAUUGAAAGAAUGAAUGGGUUAUUGAAACAACAAUUGAGAAAACUUGGUGAAGGGACCAUGCACAAAUGGAGAGAUAACUUGCCUACAGCUGUAAACAUCUUGACCAAUAGGCCACUCUCAGACCAUGACACUCCCCUCACUAGAAUGAUUGCACCCAAUAUACAAGCUAAACCUUAUGUAACAAGCAACACUAUCACAUAUUGGGAAAUAGAAGAGGGAGCUUUGGCACCAUACAGGGCUACCCCAGAGGCCGCAGGAAUAGACUUGUGAGCCAGAAAGGAAGAAAGACUUCAAAUAGGGCAAGUUCAGAUGUUCCCCACAGGUAUAGGAAUACAGAUACCCCCGGGACACUUUGGACUAAUUGCACCUAGGUCUAGCCUCGCCCUUAAAGGGAUACACGUAAUGGGAGGGGUUAUAGACGCAGAUUACCAAGGAGAAAUAAAGGUCCUUCUGUUAAAUCAGGGACCACAAGACUUGCUAGUGCAAGAAGGGGACAGAAUAUCCCAAUUGGUUAUCAUCCCCAUUUACCAAGGACAGGUACAUAAAGGAACGGCCCCCACCUUACAAACAGUAAGAGGAGAUAAGGGAUUUGGCUCUACUAACCUAAAUCCAGGGGCCAAAGUCUGGGUGAGGACUGAGAAAGGUCCCCCAGAACCAGCAGACAUUAUUGCAACAGGCAAUGACAACACUGUGAUACUCUCCAGGUCAGGACAAGAUAAAUGGGAAUACGUGCCUUCGGGCAAAUGUUAUUUGAGAGAGUAAGAUGAGUUGUAUCUUUACAGGCAAAGCUCAUUGAUCCGGCUGUUAUUGUGAUGACUGCGCUUACUCUACACCCUUCGGUCAGUUCAGAUACCAGCAACGAGAUUGGAGGUUGGGACCAGAGUGAUUCCGCAGAGAUGAAGUGGAAAGAGAUCGAGAUACGAGUAACCUGCCUGACUAAUGACUGUCCAAACAUAAGGGCAAGCCUGUAUGGAGAAGGCUAUUUUAGCCACAAUGACACUGAGGUGAUGAACUAUAUUAAGCUGCCGCAUGAAUCAUUUGAUAUGCUGACGCUAGAAUCUGCAACACCUUUUGGCUGCCGCAUACUAUAUACACAUAUUGACUCUAAUAUUACUUUAGAAGAACUUACCCAAUAUUGGGUAGGUUAUGCAAAUCAGCAAAGCACAAAGCGAACAUACACUAUUGUAGAGAAUAGUGGUGCAACCUACUGUUGCACUAACAGCACCCCUGAUAACUUUUGGAAUUUACUUUUCAAAAUUCAAAGGACAUCCAUGACGACUUGUUCUGACACCCCUAACUCAGACUGACACCUCUCGCCUUGGAAGAACACAAUCACUUUAUUAAGGCAGCAGCUAAUGUAUAUAAGAGCUUAGAUUUAUGUAAGCCAUGUUGGGUGUGUGGCCAUACGCCACAUGCUCAUGACAGAGGGUACCCCUAUUUCCCUAAAGUAUUGACGAAAAAAGACUUGUUGUUUGGUUUUUACUUUCUAAUAAGCCAUGACACAAGUGAGGUCCCCAAGAUCUUCUUAAGUGAAGAUACUAGGGACAGACCAGGUGCAGUUAAGCUACGCAUGGGGGAAUGGGAAUACCCUGACAACUUAGAAGAAGUAGUGACUAUUAAUGUUUACCAAAAAUACUACACUGACCGUAACUACCAACCGAACGUCCGGCCUAGCAGUUAUGUAACUACCAUGGCAUUAUCCCCUUUUUACACAGGAUGGAGUUUUGACUAUUUUAAUGGGACGGAAAAUGGUGAGAAAAGAACCGAGGGCAGAUGGAAGUAUGUCCUAG